CCACUAUCUGUUUCAAUUUAACAGUCUCUUUUAUAAAAUUAAAGAGAUUUUAUUAGGUUCUUCCAAUACUAUUAAUAUCAUUAAAUAACUAUAAAAAAUAUAUUUACUCAAAAUUUAUAUUUUAAAACAUAAUUAAUAAGAUUAAUAUAGAAAAAUCAACCCCUAAUAAUUAUUUCUUAAUAAUGAUGAUAUAUAUACCAUUUUUUCGAAAUACAUAUCCAAUUCACAAAGAGAGAAAUUAGAUCUGCAAUAAUUUUCUGAUACAUAUAUUCACAAUGAAUGAGAAAGACAACGUUACAAAGGAACUCAAUGCCAAACAUAGAAAGAUUCUCGAAGGACUCCUUAAGUUGCCGGAGAACAAGGAGUGUGCAGACUGCAAAGCCAAAGGUCCUCGAUGGGCAAGCGUGAAUAUUGGGAUCUUCAUAUGCAUGCAAUGCUCCGGGAUCCACAGAAGUUUAGGGGUACACAUAUCGAAGGUUCGAUCAGCUGCGCUAGAUACAUGGCUUCCUGAACAAGUUGCAUUUAUUCAAUCAAUGGGAAACGAGAAGGCGAAUAGUUAUUGGGAAGCGGAGCUUCCUCCAAAUUAUGAUAGAGUUGGCAUCGAGAAUUUCAUCCAUUCAAAGUAUGAAGAUAAGAGGUGGAUCCCUAAGGAUGAGAAGGAGAUUCAAGAAGGGAGGGCCACAGGGCGACAACAGCGACAUUCUGACAGAAGUAGGCAUGAGCAUGUUCGUAGCUCCAGUGGUUCAUCCAAUGAGAGGGUAAGCAUGCAAUGCCCUAGCACAAAGCAAGAGAUGCCUGCUGCUAGAUUCAGUAUACCGCUGCCUCCAAGAGGGCCGGAACAAGUAUCUCCGGGUCCAAGUCAGUUGACACAACCAAUUGCAGUCGCUGAAUCUGCAAAGCAGGUCGCAGAAGUUGUCAAUCCUCCUAAAGUUGAUGUUUCUACUGAUCUUUUCGACAUGCUCUCUAUGGAUUCUCCAAAUGACAAUGGCGCAAGUGCUGCUUCUGUCGAUGAUAACUCGUGGACAGCUUUUCAAUCUGUUGAAGAAGAACCAGCAGCAAAAAGUGGUGUUGCAAAAGCUGAUCAUCGGAAAUGCCAAUCUGCCUCUGCAAUCGACGAUUUAUUCAAGGAUUCAUCAACACUUUCAUCAUCUGUUUCAACUUCUUCCUUGUCCGAGAAACCUCCGAAAGAUGUCAAAAAUGAUAUCAUGAACCUUUUCGACAAGUCCAAUAUGGUGUCACCAUUUGCUAUGCAUCAGCAACAACUUGCUCAGCUAGCUCAGCAACAGUCUGUUCCAAUGGCCGCUGCCGCUGCUAGUGGCACAUUGAAAAUCCCUGGGAAUGUUCAACAAGGCCCAAAUGGCUCCACCGGUUGGCCACACGUAGGUUGGGAGUUCCUUGGAAUGAUGACGCCAGCCGAUGGAAAAACUGAAACGGAGAAAUAUUUACAGAUGGGCAUGAUGGGAGCAACACAUUUAGCUGGAAAUUCUGCGGCGCUUUCAACAUCCAGCGUAUACCCAACCGGACAGAACUAUUCCGGCGAUGGUACUGUCAUCCCCUCGGUGCCAAGCGGAGGUGCUGCAACAACCCUUUCAUCAAGCUCUACACAAUCGAAAAAAGAGGAUGACUUCUCAUCUCUGACUCAAGGCAUGUUCUCAAAACGCUGAGAUUUUCGAGUAUCCUAGCUUUUGGUUAUGUUGCUCGGAUUCUCUAAAAGUGUUGUUGCACCUGUGUCGGAUUCUCCAGAACUACACUAUUUUUGAAGUACUCGACAUGCACCGGCCAUGGAUAUUUUUGAAGAGUCUGAGCAACAUAGGUUUUUGGAUUAUAGUAUAGUUACAACAGUUUUCUUCAUAUCUGUUGAUUAAUCUUUGUAGGUAGAAUAAUAAAGAUAUUGAACAGAAACAUCUAAAGUUAGCUUAACUUUGUUCAGCAAUUUUAUUUAUACAUCUGAGGUCAAUUGGUUUUGUUGUUCA